CCGGAACCCGCUCCGUGAACACCGGGAGCGGCACCGGAACCACCGGACCCGCUCCGGAACCACCGGGACCCGCUUCGGGAACACCGGGAGCGGCACCGGGAACACCGGGAGCACCGGGACAUGGCGCUGCCGCUCGGAGCGGCGGUGCAGGAGCCCGGGCUGGCCUUGGCUCACGGAGCACCGGGAACAGAAAUCCUGGAGGAGGUGAUGAAGGAGGACGGCUUCCAACCGGAUCCCGCUCCCGAAAUUCCCAAACCUCUUCCCAAGCUGAUCCCGCGCGGCUGCGACCCCCGGGAUCCCCGGGAUCAUCCCCGGGAUCAUUCCCGGGAUCAUCCCCGGGAUUCCCUGGGUCAUUCCCGGGAUUCCCUGGGUCAUCCCCGGGAUUCCCUGGGUCAUUCCCGGGAUCAUUCCCGGGAUUCCCGGGAUCACCCCCGGGAUAAUUCCCGGGAUCCGCCGCUGGCCCGGAGCCUCCGGGGUCUCUCGCUGUCGGGGCCGCGCUGGUGCCGGGAGCCCGCGGGGGCCCCGGAGAAGCUGGAAAAGCUGGAAAAGCUGGAAAAGCUGGAAAAGCUGGAAAAGCUGGAAAAGCAGGCGGGGAAGCCGCGCUUGGUGAUCACGGAGCAGCCGAAGCAGCGCGGGAUGCGAUUCCGCUACGAGUGCGAGGGGAGAUCGGCCGGGAGCAUCCUCGGGGAAAACAGCACCGACAGCACCCGCACCCUGCCCAGCAUCGAGCUCCUGGACUGCCAUUCCAUCCCAGAGGUCGCGGUCACGGCCGUGCUGGUGUGGAAGGAUUGGCCCCACCGCGUUCACCCGCACGGGCUCGUGGGCAAGGAUUGUUCCCAGGGGCUGUGCCGGGUGAUCCUGCGGCCCCACAGCAACCCCCGCCACAGUUUCAGCAACCUGGGGAUUCAGUGUGUGAAGAAGAAGGAAAUCGAAGGCGCCAUCGAGAAGAAGCUGCAGCUCGGGAUCGACCCCUUCAAAGCGGGAUCCCUGCGGAACCAUCAGGAAGUCGAUCUCAACGUGGUCCGGAUUUGUUUCCAGGCCUCGUUCCGGGACCGGGCCGGGAUCCCCCGGAGCCUCAGCCCGGUGCUGUCCCAGCCCAUCUUCGACAAGAAAUCCACGAACACCUCGGAGCUGCGGAUUUGCCGAAUGAACAAAGAGAGCGGCCCCUGCACGGGCGGGGAGGAGCUUUACCUGCUCUGUGACAAAGUGCAGAAAGAGGACAUCGCGGUGAUUUUCCGUCGGGAAUCCUGGGAGGCGCGGGCGGAUUUCUCGCAGGCCGACGUUCACCGCCAGGUCGCGAUCGUGCUCCGGACGCCGCCCUACGCUCACCUGGAGCUGGCCCAGCCCGUGCAGGUGGAGGUGUUCCUGCAGCGCCUGACCGACAGCGUCCGGAGUGAGGGAUUCUCCUUCACCUACCUCCCUCGGGAUAACGACGCGUACCGGGUGCAGCUGAAGCGCAAACGGGGAAUGCCCGAGGUGCUGGAGGAGCUGUCGGGAACUGACCCGUUCGGGAUCGAGGCCAAGAGGAGGAAGAAGCCCCCGGGGUACCUGGAGCAUUUCCUGCCCCUGGGACCCCCAGACGCCGCUUUCCCCCCGGAUCCGGAGCCUUCGGAGCCUCUUUCCCAGAUUUUCGCCCCCUUCGCCCCCCCGGCCUUUUCCCAGUUUUUUUCCUCUGCGGAAUUCCCGGAAUUCCCGGAAUUCCCGAUUUUCCCGGGCCCGGAGCUGCUGGCGGAGCCCCCGAGCGGGGACCCCCCCCCAAUUUCCAGCCUGGUUGGAUCCCACAUGUUCCCGGGGGGGGAGGGCUGACAAUUCCCGGAAAAUCCCCUUCCCGGAAUUCCCAAAAAUUCCCAAAAAUCCGCCCAAAAAUUCCCAAAAAAUUCCUCAAAAAUCCCCCCGAAAAUCGCAAAAAAAUUCCUCAAAAUUCCCCAAAAAUUCCCUCAAAAAUCCCCAAAAAUUCCCCCAAAAAGUCGCCAAAAAAUUCCCAAAAAUUCAAAAAAAUUCCCUCAAAAUUCUCGCAAAAAUUCCCAAAAAUUCCCCCAAAAAUCCCCCAAAAAUUCCCUCAAAAAUCCCCCAAAAAUCCCCCAAAAAUUCCCAAAAAAUCCCCCUAAAUUCCCGAAAUUCCCAAGGAGGAUUUCAGGGAUUUUCCCCCCUCCCCAAUCCCAAAUUUUGGGUCCCGGGGCCGGGCUGGACCCUCCGGGAUUUUGGGAAAUUCCCAAAUUUCCAUCCCCCCCCCCCCCCCCCCUUUUCUUGCACUGUAUUUAUGGGGGGAGCCCGGGGGAAUUCCAGGGAUUUGGGGCGGAAUCCCGGGAAUUUUGGGGCGGAAUCCCGGGAAUUUGGGGCGGAAUUCCAGCAUUUUUGGGAGGGAAUUCCCGGGAUUUUGGGGGAAAUUCCCGGGAUUUUGGGGGAAAUUCCCGGGAUUUUGGGCGG